CCUGUCCGAGUAGGGCCGAGAUACUGAUGUGGGCUAAUGUACACGAAGGGUCUAGCCAGCUCUACAGUUUGCCAGCGAGGUGGACUAGAAUUCAUUUCAUGAAUGCAACGUGAAAUAGUAACGCUGUAAAAUAAUUCCGUUAUCCGGAUUUCGGUAACGACGGAUCUCGUGAGUAAAGAAGUUGUGAUUAUUUGGUGAUUCUAAAUUACAUGCGAUUUCAAUUAAAAGGUUAAAAAUAUAUGAGGCAAAAUGUACGGUCUCAAGCUAAUAUCUCUGGGCCUGUACCUUCUAACACUCACUCACUCAGAUGGCAAAAAGAUCGUCAUGUUUCCUGGGUUUGGCAAAAGCUAUUUCAUCUACCACGCCAACAUAGGCCAGGCGUUAAUCGACCUGGGUCACGAGGUGUGGAUUUGUGUGCCAGAGUAUUUGAGCGACAAGAACUUGAUCAAGUACAAAGACAUCAAGAUCUUAAAGUUCGGUGAGACCAUAGGUGACGUGGAAUCCCACGUUCUUAAAAAUUCAAAAAUGCUCGACAACUUCUGGGAUGGGAAGGAUGUUGGCUUAAGCGAGCUCUUAAUGACAGCAAAAGAAUUUAGGAAAUUCAUCAAUAUAGUUUUAGACGACCAAUCAUUUUUCGACAAUGUUAAAAACAUCAAACCAGAUUUACUCGUGAUCGAUGAGUUCAUGUUUAUCAGAAAUAUUUUUGUCCUGCCGUAUAAGCUGGGCAUUCCUUUUGCGGCUGUUGGAUACUCUCAAGAUUUAGUCCUGCAUCGGGUUCCAUUCAGCCCUGCUGUAGAGCCCCAAGUUCCAGAGAAAGUAAACAACAGAAUGAGCUUCAUGCAGCGCUUGUCUCUAACGAUAAAAACAGUCUUUGAGCUCAGCUAUGACCCCUUCACUGAUAGUGACAUUGUGACUAGAAUAGCACCAGAAAAACCUUACACGACAAUUAGUGAUAUUAUAUUAAAAGCUGAAAUUUUUAUUGCUGAAGUUGAUCACAUCCUAGAUUAUCCCAGACCAAUGUUACCCAACACAAAGCUGAUUGGUGGAUCUUCUGUCAGUGAGCCGAAGCCUUUGAUUGGUGAGUUCAAACAGUUUGUUGAAAAAUCAACCAAUGGGAUUGUCGUUGUGUCUUUUGGAGGAAACGACAUUCCUUUCCCUUCUCAUAUUAUUAGCAAACUAAUGUCUGCCUUCAAACAACUGGACCUUGACGUUGUCUGGCGAGUCAACGUGACCUCUCCUGUCCCAGGAAAGGUAAAGACGUCACAAUGGAUACCACAGAAUGACCUACUUGGUCAUCCAAAGACCAAAGUCUUUGUUUCCCAUUGUGGUAAAAAUGGCCAAUACGAGGCUUUGUAUCAUGCUGUGCCUAUCCUCUGCCUGCCUAUCUAUGGCGACCAGUUCUACAACUCGGAAAGAAUUCGUUUUAAAGGUUUUGGACUUGGUGAAGAUAUAAGGAAAAUUACUCCAGAGGAACUGAUCACCACGAUAAAAGAACUCGCCUCCAAUAACAAAUACAAGAGACAUAUCGAGAAAGCAUCCAAGCUAUUCAAAGAGCUUUACAAAGUUCCAUCCAAAGAAGCCGCUUACUGGAUAGAUCACGUGAUGAAGUAUGGCGGAGACUAUAUGAGGUCAUCAGGACAGGAAAUGCCGUUGUAUCAAUUUCUUCUUCUUGACGUCAUCGCUUUUAUAGCAGCUGUUCUGUCUGGAGUUGUCGUUAUUUUUAUCCUCAUUGUCAGGUUUUGCUACAGACGUUUUUUCACAAAGCGGACAGUUAAAAAGAAGAAAGAAUGACAUUUGUUUUAUUGACAUUUGCCAUACAAUAUUGUUCUU